UCUUUCUCUAACCCCCUUUGUUUCUCUUCCCUCCAGGACAUGAUCGCAGGAGGCACCGAGAGCUCGGCCGUGACUGUCGAGUGGGCCAUCUCUGAGAUUUUGCGUCGCCCUGAAAUUUUCGAAAGGGCCACUCAGGAGCUCGACCAAGUCAUUGGCCAAACACGCUGGGUUGAAGAGAAAGACAUACCCCAACUCCCUUAUAUGGCUGCCAUAGUCAAGGAGACCAUGCGAUUGCACCCAGUCGCACCCAUGCUCGUGCCUAGGCAAGCUCGCGAGAGCUGCACCAUAGCUGGGUUCGAUGUGCCGGUUGGGACCCGCAUCCUAGUCAAUGUGUGGACCAUAGGGCGGGACCCCAAGAUAUGGGACUCGCCUGACGAGUUCAGGCCCGAGAGGUUUCUGGGCAGCCAGAUCGAUGUGAAGGGCCAGGAUUUCGAGUUGUUGCCAUUCGGGUCCGGAAGGAGGAUGUGCCCCGGUUACAAUUUGGGGCUCAGGGUGAUUCAGACGAGCCUCGCCAAUUUGGUGCAUGGGUUUGAGUGGGGCUUGCCUGAGGGAAUGAAGAAGGAAGAUUUGAACAUGGAGGAGAUAUUUGGAUUGUCUACACCAAAGAAGGAGCCCCUUGUGGCUGUAGUGAAACCAAGGCUACCCCCACAACUUUAUGAGCACCUCCACUAAAAACUCUCUCUCUCUCUCUCUCUCUCUCUCUCUCUCUCUUUUAGGGCUUUAGGGCUUGUGAUAAAAGCUAGGCCAGUCCUUGUGGGGAUUUUAAAAGUUUGGAUGUGUGUGUUUUGGUGUAUUUGGGGGGCUUUAAUGUCCCCAUACUCUCUAACCCAGUGUUUGGGCUGGGGAUCAAAUGAUUUCAGCUGUAAUGUGAAAUAACUACAUAAAGAAGUAAAUAGCCAGAAAUUCCAUAAUUUA